UUUGUGAAUAGUUUCAUAAGACCUAAAUCAAUAUGGGUAGAUUAAACUAAAUAUCUCAAAAAGUCGAACUCAACAUUCAACCUAUAUCUGUGAAAGUUUAAAAGGAUGUCCGAUCUCGGAACUGUUCAACUUCACAGAUAUUUUUAUGCUCGUAAAUCACCCAUAAAUUUAAAGAUCAUGAACAUUGAACAUGAUAUAUUUUUCUCUGCUUAUUGACAAUUGUGUUUCGCUUAAUUGGCGAAAUUUAAGAAUAGUAAACAUAAUUGACUUUAUUUGCUGACCUUGAAUAAAUUCAGUACUUGUUUAAAGCUGCAAAAAUUAAAAACACUGCAAAAUGUCCUAGUCUCAUUUUCAAAUUAAAACAAUCUGAUAAUAUGCCACCAAAGAAAGUUGUUAAAACACUUGAUAAAACUAUCCAAGAAAAAGUAAAGCGACGACGGACGAGAAAAGAAAAAUGUUUACCAUUAAGUGAAACAGGAGAAAAUAUGAAAAUUCAGGAUAUAGAUGUAUCAUUUGUCUCAGAUAACGACCAGCAGAAGGACAGGUUGGUGAGUUUAAAGAAGAAUGAUAUCAACAUUAUACUGGCAAAUGAAGUAGUGGGAAGACAGUUUAAAAAACAAACAAAAUUAAAGGACCCAGCAGAGGCAAUAGUUUUAAAUAUAUUGAAACAGCCGACAGAUAAAUUAAAUAUGAAAAAAAAGACAGUAUUAAAGAGAAAGACUCCAUUGAAAAAUAACAAAGUUCAAAAAAAAGAUUCAAUUAACUGUGACAAGGAACCAGUAAGAAAGAUAGGUAGACGUCGUAUUCCACCCAAGAGGUUUGAAGAUGUAUUGGAAAUAAUAGAAGAAUGUGAUUCGCCCAAAGAUAUCAUUGAAACUGGACCUGUGUUAUGUCAAAAUGAAACGAAAAAACCUAUAAAACUAAGGCGAAAUAAAAAUCUUCCAAAAUUAGAUCUAGUUGAAAACAAUGUAACAUCUGAGGAAAAUCUCGAUACACCAAAAUCAAAGACACCCAGGAGAAAGGUGUCCCUUAAUCGUAAUAUCGCAAGGGGUCGACCACGGACGCGUAAAAAAGCUGACGAUGACAUAAAAGAAUCACAAAUGGAAGCUAUUACGACAGAAAAUGUUACGUCACAAAUAGAGACUAUUGAAAAUGUUAAAAAACAAGAUAUCCUCGACGUUAGAAGAAAUUCACUCGCAAGUUUGUCUGAACUAUCGUGGACUAAAGACAUAUCUAGCAGUAGUACAACCACCUGUGUCACGGUGUGUUCGAAUGAUUUCUUCCGCAUCGAUAAAAGGAUCCCAAUUAUAAAGCUAACAAAUGUUGACCAUAAAUUAAUAGGCGAGGAGAACAAUAAUGUUAGUAAUGGCGCAACAGAAACAAUAGCGGAACAAUAUGAAGAUGUUUCUAAAGAACCUGUCACUGCACAUUGUACAGAGUUAAAUGAAAAACAUUGCAUAGAUGAAGUCGAUUGUCCGUGUCCCAAAUCUCCUAAUUUGUCCUCUUCUUCCUCCGAUUCUUGUUCAGAUCGAUCAAAAUCAGGCCAAAAUGUAUCGACAGCUAUCAAUAAACUUAGUAAUACAUUAGAAAAACUAUCUUCAAAACUUAAAAAUUUUGAUUUAGAAAUUAUAAACUGGAUCGGUUACACAGACGACAAAAUAAAUUCAAACAUAGAGAAGAUUCAAGAUAAAAUAUACCACGAUAACUUUUUAAAGGAAGAAAUGAAUGUUAUUAUUCAUUGUAAAAAUAUAAAACGAAUUUUAUCUGAAAACGAUCCGAGUACAGAGCCACCAGAAUUUAAAAAGACUGAUAAUAAUGUUAUAGAAACUGAUCGUGAUAAUGAAACUCAUAAAAAUGCUACUUUACCUGAACCUCAUAAACCCAUAGAAGAUAAAUUCAAUAGUCCUAAAGAGCCUUUAAAAAUUCUUUCUAACAUCAUCGUACAAAGAAAGACUUGCAAAGAAAUGGAUACAGUCGAAAAUAAAUCUGAGGACGAUUGCAACUACGCUUCAUUAGAUGAAGACGACGAAGAUGACGCGUUAUCCUUAUUCGCGGAAAGUAUAACUGGCAUCGAACCGUCUGCAAGGAAUAGCGCAGCAUCUUGUGGAACUGAAUGUCCGAAAGAAAUUGAAGAAUAUGUUCCAGAACCGUUAGUAAAAAAUAAUAGUACUUCUCUUAUAAGUAAUGCCUAUCAUCCUACAAGAAUUACCAAUAACGCACAAUUGAAGGAUCCGGAAGACGAGUCAAUUCUCGUCUGUGAAAAACAAAGUGCCGAUUCCACGUCCAUAAACAGAGAACAGGAGAAUGAUAAGAACCUAGUGGAGACGAGUAACAGUUUUAAAAUUCAAUCGAAAGAUGUCGAAGAAAUUUCUAGAAAACCAAACGGUGUCACGAAACUGAUCUCACAAAAUCAACUUUUAAUGUCUUCCAUGUAUAAACCGAUAUCCGGUGUUAAAAGUAUCGUUUUCAAAGGCGUCUGUUUCUAUAAUCUCAUUUCGAAUUGCAAAAAGAACGGCUGCAACUUUCCCCACGUGCCCGUCGGGAUCGACAGCGUUAAGACGAAGUUGAAAGUGUACAGCGACGCGACUCUCAUCCAGGAGUACAUGCUGAUGCGCAACUGGCCCAGCCUCCGCCAGAAGUACGGGAUGUGCUUCGUCGAGGAGUUCGUCAAAAGAAACCUAUCCAAGAUCGUCGUCGAAGUCGCGUUAGACUUCAUCAUCAAAGACAACAACAACGCAUUGAUAGUAGAUAUCGUUGAGUAUGUUCUGUUGUAUUUGAACAUGGUGGAUUUGAGUAGCAUCGAAGAUUUGCUGACGUUCAAUAUUAAAGCGAGCACGACGCUCCUGUGUGAUAUUUUUAUAAGUACGAUCGCGCAGUCGCAGAACUUUUCGAGAUUCAAAAGUGUUUUCAUAAAUUUGACCGAUUUAAUGUAUCGUAUCGGGAGAAGUUUCAGCGAAGAUGUCGCCGGACACGUUUUAGAGCGACUUGUAAUUUUGCCGUACGACGAGGGACUGGCGCGGGCGCUUAUAAAGAUUAUUAGGAAUACCGAUGUCAGUAUAUACUCCAAUUCCAUGGUGGGUCAUUUGGAACAGCAGCUGCUUUCCUCGAAUAUUUCACUCUACGAGGAAUUUAUGUCAUUGAAAAAUAAAGCGUUAAGUCAAUCAGCUCUGGACAGUUGCUACAUCGACGUGGAACGGUCGAAGCAACUCGAUAAAGAUGUGAGAUGCUCGCCGGAUACGACUAAUUUGGAUAAUAUGAACAAGUCUUCUGUUGAAACAAAAUUCACAAGAACAAUAGACCUCAACAAAAUAAAUUUUCUAAAUACAAAUAGUCAGGUGACUGAAAUAAAAAACGACAAAAGAUAUAAUCACAGUAAACAAUUUAUGAGUUGGAGGGAUAGAAAUUCAUACGGCAAUACCAGAACCGUGCCUAGGAAUACAGCAAUGCGUCCGCCAUUGAGGCCUCCGUUCAAACGUCGGUCCGAUCAGAAGUUUGACGGAAGCCCCAGCAAAUAUCAACGAAGAAAUGGAUCUAAUUUUUUUAAAGAUUUUUCUUAACUAAUAAGUUUUUUUUAACAAUCCUAAGUGAUCCUUUGUACAGAUACUUUUAAGCUUACUGUGACUACAAACUAUGUUAAUUGUUACUUUAAUUAAAGAUAAAUAUUCUUUACUUUGUGUUUUAAUGAAUAUAAGAGAAUAUUCAGUAUUUUUUAAGAUGUUAAUUUCUCGAAGAUACUUUUAAUUAUAUGUUGAUUAAGAUUUAUCUUGUUGUAUGUUAUCACAUAAUACUACUUAGAUUUGAAACUCAUUGAGUUAAACUCUUCAAUAAGUACAUAAACUUUAUAGUCUCGAUAUUUUGUAAAAAUGUGACCAUGUUUGUAUUUUUUCCUCGGACUCAGUAAAUUUCUUUAUAGUGUGAAACGAAUAUCAGGUUGAGUAAUAUUAAAAAAUUGUCUCUGAUUUGCGAUAAAAAUAAUUUCCCGCGCUAAAGCUGGCAACGCUACCUCACAAGGGUGCCAUUAUGUAAUGUGUUGGCAUCAGUCGAUGGCCAUUCAUGUUUGAUGUUAGUCGUAGACAAUCUAGGAUUUUAUUUUAUACUUUUGAUAUUUUAAAAAUAAAAGACGAGGCAUCCUCGUGACAUCAGUUGAUUUUUUUUUGUAAGUAAAUAAUUGGAGUUGUAUCGAAUAAUCAGUUAGUAUUCAUUACAUAUAUAAAUAGUAAAUAUUGAAAAAUAUGUACUGAUUAAUUUCAAUAACCCAGUCUAGGUUACAACUAUUUUAUUAAAAAUAAUGUUUGAAGUGAUUAAAUAAAAAUAAAAAUAACGUGAUUUUGUUAUAAACGAAAUAUUCGCGCCAAUCUGCGGCUGAAUAUUUUAUACAGAUUAUUCAGAUAUCACAGAAUAUUCUUCGAAUACAAUUAUUAUUCCUUGCAACUCUAAAUAUAAUUAAACUUAGCGUUCAAAUUACUUUGAUAUAAAAGUGUUACGUAUGCUGUAUGUAAUCGUUACACUCCAUUGUUUUACGUACAUCAGCGAUCGGCGACUUGGCGAAGUAUAAGCUAAAAACUGUUUACAUUUUGUAAUAAAUUUUCCAACAACAUUUGAUUCAGCUUUUUUUACAAAACGACGAAACUUCGGAACCUUGUUUCAAUAAAAGAAAUAAUUAAAAAUGUGAUUAAUUAAUUUUAUUGUUUAGAUAAAUCAUUUUGAAAAUACUGGUCUGAUAACGAUUUGUCGAUCCUUAUUAAAAAUGUAUACCGUGGUAGAACAAGUGUUUGUUAUAAGAGUAUCUGUAACGCCGCUAAACGUCAAUCGCUGAUAUAAUCUAUAUAUAAAAAAAUUAAAGUGUACAAGGGUCGCAUUUUUUUCUGUUUUAAUACUUUUGUAGUUCACGACAUUUUGUUUAACAUUUAAAUAAAAAAAAACAUUAGUUGUUUAAUAUAUACCAUUGUACAGUCUGACAAAUAACAAACCUAUAAAGAAAAUAAUU